UUCUUCCGUGAACUUGCAUACAUUAGUCCCCACUCCUUAAAACCCCAUCUUCUUUUUUCAUUUUCUUUCUUUCCACCUUAUAAAUCACCCAAUAAUCUUAGUAUUUUCUUCUUAUACUUCUACUAGUUUUUAGUUAAAAACCCUCAAGAAAUUUGUGCAUGUCAUACAUGGAUCUAAGACCCUCCAUCUUCACCACCAAUUGUUUCUUUCUCUUUCUCAUACUCACUCUCCCAUAUUUCUCUAGAGAAGCAUUGGAUACAGAAAUUUAUGAGAUCGAUUAUAGAGGUCCUGAGACUCACUCGUUUGUGCCUCCACCUGAUCAUUCCCAUGGUAAGCCUCAUUCAGCUCAUGACAAGAGCUCUGCAGCUGCAACAAAAGCUACGGGUUUUACGGGUAUUGAUCAUGCUACCAUGAAACAAAAGGUUAAGAAAUUCCAUGGAUGAAAAGCUUUACAAGUGACCUAAGAUUUUGUGUUGGUUUAUGUAUAAUCUUUAUGAUCAUACAAUAUAUGAGAUUUGGUGUAUAUUUACGUGUAAAACUAUUUUUUUUUUCUCUCGAUAUAGCUUAAUGGAGUGAUUGUAACCUUUUAUCAUGAUCCCUUUUUCUUUUUGUGGCAAUUUUUUAUCA